GAAGAAGAAGAACCUAGACCUGGCCUAACGUGGUCUACAUGAUGACUCCAAAUGGCAACUGGGAGGGGUUUUAAUAUAAACGAUAAGAUAGUAUUACUACUACUAUCCUUACUUAUCAUCACAAUUACUAUAGCACCACCACCACAUCACUUGUUCAUCUAAAAAUGAACAUGGAGGCUUAGUUGUUUUCUCUUUUCUUUCCUCACACUCCAUCUCUUUGAUUAAUUCCGUAGAAUCCGUACAGUCCAUCCUUGAACAUCAAAAACCCACAAACAGUUUUGUCAUUCUGAUUCAGCUUUGAGACACAAACAUUGAUACAUACUCUUGUUUUUGUUCAAGAUGAUUCAGCUACUGUUCAUAGUGAUCAUCUCAGAGAUGGCUCUGAUUCUGGCGUGUUUGUUCAAGACCCCAUUGAGGAAGCUUGUGAUAAUGGGCCUGGAUCAGAUCAAGCGAGGACGUGGGCCUGUGGUGGUGAAGACGGUGGCGGGAACGGUGUUUGUGGUGUUGUUGACCAGCCUCUACGGUGUGAUGACGAUCAAGAAGAGUGGGAUGACUGGAACCGAUGCGGUAGGGAUUCUUAGUCCCACGGAUCAGAUCCUCAUGUUCAAGCACCUCCUUGAAGUCACUCUAAUGGGUUUCUUCUUAUUCCUUGUCCUUAUGAUAGACAGAAUACACCACUACAUUAGAGAGCUUCGUGUACGAAGAAAGACCAUGGAGGCCAUAAAGAAACAGAGCCGAGGAUCUGAGGAUGGGAAAGCUGGUGGUUUGGACGAGAUCAAGGCCUUGGAGAAUGAGAUGAAUACAUCGCGCUCAAGACUCAAACAACUAGAAUCUGACAUUGAGACAAAGACGAAAGAAGCUCAGGCUGCAGAAGCCAAUGUUGUUACUCUAAGGAAACAAUCUGAAGGCUUCCUUCUUGAGUAUGAUCGUUUAGUUGAAGAAAACCAAAAUUUAAAGAACCAAUUGCAGUCGUUGGCACAUUCCGGUAGCAAGAAAGAUUCAUAAGGAAUUGGCCAUCUUAUGAGAAUUUUUAUUUAUUUCUUCAGAUUUCUAAUUCUUCAUAUACUAGAUGUUUGGGAGUUUCAGGAUGGAUUUAUUUAUUACAUUGUUGUCAUAUAUACAUCGUCAGUGUGGAGAAAAUGGGAUAGAAAAAGAAAAGUGAAAAGGAAAAAGGAAACAAAGUAAGCAGGCUCAUUACUUGUUGUUAAAAAGAAGUUGAUUGUUGAAGUAGAAUGAAGCAAUUUUGUCUUGAAAAAUGAUGAUAUAGUUUGAAGGUAAUAAACUAAUAUCAGAGUUUU